UAUUUUUCUUCGACAAGGUUUAAAACAAGCAAAACGUUGUGUCUGUGUGUGUGCAGUAGAAGUUGUAGGCUACAGGUGUGGGUGCAGCAGCUUCGGUGAGGGGGCAGGUGUGUGUUUAGCAGGUGUGGACAGCUACAGAAAGAAAGUUACAGCCCACCUCCACCCUGCUAUUCGCUAAAACAUCCGUGUUUUAUGUGAGUCAUAUCAUACAGUCAAACAACACACUGUCUGACGCUCCUCACACACACACACUCACACACACACACACACACACUCACACACACACACACACGCGUUUGUGUAUCGUGUGUGUUGUGUUUGCUCUCGCUCGGCUCCCAGCUGACCGUGGUGUCUCAGGAGGGCGUGUUCACGGCGCUGCACACGGAGCUCGACACGCACACACCGCACACGGAACAACUUUUUCUCCAAACUUUCCACGCAUGGAACGGACGGAAGCUGACGAGUGAGGUGUCAGGUUGUGAAAGUAGCUACGUUCGUUGCACUGUUUACCAAACUCCCAACCGCUUGGCAAGGAUAAUUGAUUUGCGCAUGCGUUAAAUACUCAAAGGAUGGAGGAGGAGCAGGUUGACCCUUCUCUUGACUUGAGCCAUCUGACAGAUGAGGAGCAAUCCACCAUCCUGCAGGUCUUACAGCGUGAUUCGGAGUUGCGUCGUCUUGACGAAGGACGUGUAAGGAUCCUCGAGGAGAAAGAGACAGACCCGACGCGUCUGCGCUCUCUGUCGGGAGCAUGGUUCACGGAAGAGCGCAGCAAACGCCACCGCAGCCGGUCGGGCAGCUCCCUCGUCGGCGCCACCAUACGUCACAGGAAGACAAAGAACAGAGAUGUGGCCCUGACUGAGCUGUUCAAUGGCGAGAGAGAGGAAACCUCCCACAGCGGCAACACGUCUCCUGAGGCUGAGAGAAGACUGAAGGACAGCAAAGACGAGGAGAGCAGUGAUGGAAUGAGUGAACAAAGUUUUAAACCGAAGCCUGCACCCAGAACAAAAAGCCCUGCAGCACAGGUUCUCAAUCAAAGACAUAAUUCCACAUCAUCCAAAGAGUCUGAAUGGAGAAGUAACGGCCAUGCAGAGGAACCUGAGGAUGACUUUGACGGUCACAACGGGGAAACUGACUCUCUGAGCAGCAGCCUGACAGAGCCAGAGCCAGAAAGCUCUCUGAAAACCAGCAGCUCCACUGGCAGCCUUCAAUCAGGCUACACGCUCAGUGGAAGCAUGAUGAGUCUGUUCAGCUCGGGGGAUUUUGGAGUGGUGGAGGUGAGGGGCCGCAUCCAAUUCUCAUUGGUUUACGACACCCAGAAGGAGGAGCUGCAUGUCAAAGUGUACCGCUGCGAGGACAUCGCAUCGGCACGCAAGAACCGCUCAGACCCAUAUGUGAAAGCCUAUCUCUUACCUGACAAGUCGAGUCACAGUAAGAAGAAAACGUCAGUGAAGAAGAAGACACUAAACCCGGUCUAUGACCAGAUGCUCAGAUAUAAAGUGCGGAUCGGAGAGCUGCGUAGCCGGACCUUAAACCUGUCUGUGUGGCACGCCGAGCCCCUGGGGAGGAAUGUGUUUCUUGGGGAGGUGGAGGUGUCACUGGGCCUCUGGGACUGGACCUGCAGUCAGCCGCUGUGGCAGGACCUGCAGCCACGGGUUCAUGUGAGUCCAGACUCCAUCAACAGCCGCGGGAUUAUCGUGCUUUCUAUUAAGUUCAUCCCAGAUGGAUACGAGGGUGGUGGUCUGCCUCUGACAGGAGAGCUUCACAUCUGGCUUCGGGAGGCUCAAGGUCUCCUGUCCAGCAAAGGGGGCCCAAUAGACUCUUUUGUCCGCAGCUACAUACUGCCAGACGCCAGUCGGCAGAGUGGUCAGAAGACGCGGAUGGCCAAGCGCUCCAUCAGCCCUACCUACAACCACACCAUGGUGUAUGAUGGCUUCCACACCAGCGACCUGAGGGAGGCCUGCGCUGAGCUGACUGUCUGGCAGCGCGAAGGGUUAAAAACGCACGUCCUAGGAGGGAUUCGUCUGAGCUGUGGAACUGGUCAGAGUUACGGGGAGGCUGUCAGCUGGAUGGACUCCACAGAGGAGGAGGUCGCCGUGUGGACCUCCAUGAUCGAAAACCCAAACCACUGGAUCGACACAUCACUGCCAAUCAGAACUAACCUUGCGCACCGGUCGGACUGACGCUCUUUGUGCACAAACAUUAGUUCAUAUAAUGGCUGGACUGAAAGAAUACCCCCUCAGAACAUUUAACCUUAAGCUGGUUAUUUUCACUUUUCAUUCAUACAAACACACACACAGGCGGCAGUAGUGGUGCAAUAUUGUGAGUUAAUGGUGUAGGUUAGAUAUAUUUAGUUUGGAAACCAAAUCUGUCUGCAUUUGAAAUGUUUACUUGUUACGUGUUUUGGUUCGGUCUGUAUCUUAUCUGACAAAAGUACAUUUGUAAUCAUUGUAGUUUAUUAAUUAAAUUUCAAACCUGAACUGAUGAA